AUGCUGUUGAUUCCGCCAGACGCCAGCGUGGCAGAUGACUUUGUGGUUAUUCAGACGGUCUCCUCGAGUGACUGGGAUGACGACGAUCUCUACGAUGAACAGCCGCCUACGUGUAUUCAGUAUACUGUCGAAUGGAAGUUGACAGCGAAUAAUAAAUUAGUUGCCAGAAAAAGCGAACCAGACCUUGUCCUCGCCCCGAAUGCUGUUUCGACACGAAUCCUUCGACACAAGCUUGAUCGGCUGGGUACGAAGAAGCUGCCCUGCAACAAGUCAUUGAAGAUUGAUGAUACUGACGUCGUCGUAUCUGUGUACGGCCGCACCCAGCGUGACCUUUUCAAACGAUUCGACGAACUGGACGUAGAUUGGAUUAUUGUAGAGGGACACUUAAAAACCUGGAGUCACCUUUACCGUGCUGGACGAGCGAUCACUAUCAAAACAUCUUUCAACUAUGUGGAAAGCGGACCUUCGAGCACAGCAAAGCGGGGCAUCAAGCGUCGCUCCUCUUCUAUCACGCAGGACCGGCUACAAGAACGGACGGUCUUGCUUGAUGCUGGAGAGUCGUCCACAGGCCAGCCGUCUACCUGGCAGCGUGUCUACAGUCUGAUGCAAUGUCCCGGGUCGCCCUGUGACCUUGGACCGCAUUGUUGGCGGGAUGGAGUCUGGAAGAGGCAUUACAAGCUGAAGUGUCAUCACUUGAGAGCCCUAGUUCGAUACGUGGACCAGCCCGGCGUAUUGGUGAACCGUAAUGAUGUGCCUGACAAUGUUCGCAAUCAGCUUCAUGCCGAGGAGCAACAGGAAAAAAAAGACACCGAAAAGCCAAAGCGAAGACCUCGUCCUUCGGCAAUUGCCCGCCGAUCAAAGUCACUAAUGUGGUGCCAGCUUCAUCGCCUCCAUCCUCAGCGGAGGUUACCAUGA